CCAGGGCCACGUCGCUCUCGCGGCGCUGGAGACCACGCAUCUCAGCCAUGGCUGCCGCGGAGUCCCGGCGGAUGGGGGACGGUGGUGGUGUGGGGGGAGCCUUCCAGCCCUACCUAGACUCCUUGCGGCAGGAGCUGCAGCAGAGGGACCCGACGUUGCUGUCAGUCGUGGUGGCGGUUCUGGCGGUGCUGCUGACGCUGGUGUUCUGGAAGUUCAUCCGGAGCAGAAGGAGCAGUCAAAGAGCUGUUCUUCUUGUUGGCCUCUGCAACUCUGGGAAAACAUUACUGUUUGUCAGGUUGUUAACUGGCCUUUAUAGGGACACUCAGACUUCUAUCACCGACAGCUCUGCUAUGUACAGGGUCAACAAUACCAGGGCCACUAGCCUGACUUUGAUUGAUCUCCCUGGCCAUGAGAGCUUGAGACUUCAGUUCCUAGAGCGUUUUAAGGCUUCAGCCAGGGCUAUUGUGUUUGUUGUGGAUAGUGCAGCCUUCCAGCGAGAGGUAAAAGAUGUGGCCGAGUUCCUGUAUCAAGUCCUCAUUGACAGCAUGAGUCUGAAGAACACACCGUCAUUUUUAAUUGCCUGCAAUAAGCAAGACAUUACAAUGGCAAAAUCCGCAAAGUUAAUUCAGCAACAGCUUGAGAAAGAACUCAACACUUUACGGGUCACUCGUUCUGCGGCCCCCAGCACACUGGACAGUUCCAGCACUGCCCCUGCUCAGCUAGGAAAGAAAGGCAAAGAAUUUGAGUUCUCACAAUUGCCCCUCAAAGUGGAGUUUCUGGAGUGCAGCGCCAAGGGCGGAAGAGGGGACACUGGCUCCGCUGACAUCCAGGACCUGGAGAAGUGGCUGGCUAAAAUCGCCUGAGGGGCAGAGGCAAAGCGCAGGACAUGAAUGUGUGUGUGUGUGUGUGUGUGUGUGUGUGUGUGUGUGUGUGUGUGUCUGACAGUUUUGGAAAAGGGUGUGGUAGUCUGGAGUUGAUAAAGAAGGGGUACAAAAUGUAAUUAGAAAACAUUUUCUUGUUCUGGAAAGAAAAUAUUGUUGAAAGUAACUUGGAAUUUUUGUUUUUAAGUUUAGUUCUCCCUCGGUGCUUUCUAGUCACUUACCUGCCUAUGUGUCUUCCCUUGGUUAAGAUGUAUGUUGUGUCCCUUUAGUAUAUACAUGACGGAGGGUCAGGGUCUUUGUGACCCUAAGGAGUGGAUCCACAGAGGGAGGAUAUUAUCAUGAGAGUAUGGUUAUCAUCUGAGAAGUCUCUUAUCCUCUGCUUCUGUGCAUUAGUCCCUUUUCCUGAAAACAGAUUUGUCUGUCUGGAGUCAGUUGAUUCCAUUUGCCCUUGACAUUCAUGGGCAGUAUAUUGUCUAGUUCUUUGUGAAUUCUCAGAGGUGUGAGUGUAGUUACAGUGCGGUCCCUCGACAUGUGAAGACAGUAGAAAACAGCACGGCUAUGCCGAUGGCGGGUCUGUUCUUCAUCAGCUCGGUGACUUGUCCGCACUCCAGCCUCAUAGCACUUAGGUCUCAAAAACUUGCCCUGAACCCUUGGAGUCAUUCCCAGGUGAUAGAACUAUAAAUGCUAAAUCCCCACAUGCCAACGGUCUAGUGUGUUCUUGUGGGUUUCCUUAACAGAGGAGAACAUGAAGAUUUCCAAACUGUUGUGGGUUUUUGGAUGGCUGAGGGCUCCUGGGCUAUAUGUUCAUGUGCGUUUGAGCAGCCCCUAUCCUGUACUCAGAGCUAGAAUGCCGUGGACCACGUGUGAAUGAAAACACUUCUCUGUAGUUACUUAAAGCCCAUAGUCACAGGUGGUUAAAAGAAAAGUUAGCCUUUUCAAAGUGACACUCUUCAUUAUCUUGUAUGGUGGCUUUUUUAUGGCUUUUAUAAAUUAUUAAUGCAUUUUUUGGUUAAAUAAAGCAACCUGUCUGGCUCAAAGCAA